AUGUCAGAUCUGCAACCAACUAAUGCACCAGAACACAAGUCCCAUAAAUUAUCCUCAUUUCUAACAAACUCUGUUCUGAAAAUUUCAAAUUUAGUUUUUCGCAAAAAUUCUAUUAUGAGCAACACUACAAACACAGAAACCCCAACUUCUAACAAUACAGUUCCUGGAAACACAACUACUAACUUUGAUUUAUCAAAAAUUGAUCCCAAUGUCAAAGCAUAUAUCAAUGCAGCAUGUCAAGUCUCAUCUAAUGCAAUUAUUAGUACAAUAAAAUCAUAUAUUGAUCAAACAACUGCCACACAGAUGGACAUGAUCAAUAAACUAAAUGAUCAAUUAGUAUCAUGCUUGAACAAGCAAAACAUUUCAAACCAACAGUCUAGCAUCUUGAACCAACAAAACAUCUCUAAUCAUUGGCCUAGCAUCAUGAACCAGAACAACCAGAACACAGAAUAG